AUGGCUGCAAGUGAGAUAAUGAACAAUGCCUCCGUGUAUUCCCUCGACUCUUCUUUAAGGGACCUACUUAAUGAUGACUUAUUUAAUAAUCGCGACGAAUCGACAAAGUCGAGAAAUGAUGAAAGAAAUGAAGUAUUUCAAGAAUGCUUGAAUUUAUUUAUUAAAAGAGAAAUUAAAAGUUGUCUAGAAAGAAUGUCUGAGGCUGGAUUCAUCGAUCUUACUGUUUUCAAGUCCAAUUCUAUGAUAUUGGAUUUAUUUAUCAGUGCCUGUGACAUUGUGCCCAAUUUCAAUGAGCUAGAUUUAACAUUAAAGGCUGAGGUUUUGAAUAUAUUCACAUUAGAUGACCCUCGAUGUAUUGAGAUACAAGAAAUUAUUCUCAAAGACCUCAAUAAACUCUUGGUCAUCAAUAAAUUUUUCCGAAGCUGUGUCAAAGUUAUUCAGUUCAAUGAGGCUGAACACGUGAAGCGUGAAGAAAAUAUAUUGGACCUUGAGUCUAUAAUCAUCAACUUUAUUUUCUUAUACACUACCAGAAUGAGGACGACUGUGGACGUUUUUGGUUUACAAGAGUUAAUUGAAAUAUUUAUUUUUCAGGUGAAAGUAAAGCUAGAACGCAAAAAGCUCUCUACAAGUUUGUACUGGGCACUUUGCAAAACAUUACCAAAUUUAUCUUCAACUUUAAAUGGCGUUUAUUCAUCUAAGGAUGUUUCCAUAGAGAGCGCUAUUCUUCACUCGAUAGGAAAUAGAAUGCAGAAUGAUAAGGCGAAGUGGAAGGGCAGAUCAAAGGGCGUGAAGCCCAAAAUACACCAUUUUCAAGAGCCCUUGUUACACAAUGACAGUGAAGAACAGCCUAAGACCGAAAAUGUGCUCAAAAAACGCAACUCUAUUGAUGACAUAGUUGACCGUGGUGGAACGAUACCCCAUGAACCCAAAAAUGACAUCGGUGUCCUAGCUGGGUCCUUUUGGACCGCUCUAAAGCAUCAUUUCACUAAAAAUUUGCUGAACAAGAAUGGGCUUCUGCUUGGCUGUUUACUGUUACUAUUAUGCCUCAAGAAAUAUAAGCCACUGAUGGCAAUUUUCAAACACGUCCCAACUGCCUUUCGGUCCGUAUCCCCCCAUAUCGUUAGCUUGCUAAAACUUCUAGCAAGUAUAUGA